GGGAGUCUGUGAUGGCAGCAGUUAGAUCUAGAGAGGGGGCCAACCGCGCGCGGGGACCACCUCUCGCUUCGUGUUCCCAACCUGCGUUUUCAAACUCAGCUGUUCGCACAUACACACAGUGUCUCGCUCGCUCGCUGGGGGUAUUCCUACACAGACUCCCUCCCUCUUGGCUUGGCCCCCUCUCUCUCUAUCGCCAGCCAUCGUACACACGCUUUUAGGGGGGAUGGUCAGCGCCACCCCCACAAACUGGAAAUAUGAACUCCUCGCAAAAUACGCACGCAGUGGCUCCACACAGGGCUCCACACCUCCCCAACCACAGCUCAACGCCCCCACAGCGGCGGCUCCAACGCCACCGCAAGGCAUUCCCCGCUUCUUCAGAAAAAGAAAAAAGCACACCUCGGCAUUAGCGAAAGAUUUGGCAAGAGCGGCAUACUUGCGGUUUAUUGAGAGGCAGCGGGAGAGACUACCGACGAAUGAGGAGAUUGAUGAGUUGUGGGAUAGGCUGGUGGAGAGGGCUGAUGGGAAGGGAGAUGACAAUGAGGACGUUGGGGAUUUUGAGAAGCGCAUAAGUUACCGGGGCUUCGUCGCACUCAAGCAAGUCAUGCCCGUCACUCUCCAUCCGUAUUUCCAACCCUCGAUCUUCCUGGCAUUGCUGCAAGGAGUCGGCGAUGACACGAUCGCGAUCGUGCAGUUCUUCAAUCUCGUCGUUCGCCAAGUCUCCCUCCUGCAAGCCCGCACAGAUCUCUCAGUCUACGACACGGACCACGACGGCUACCUCACGGAACCGGACAUCCAGGGCUACAUCGCGGACCUGAUGCCCUCGCUGCAUCUCGACAUCCCGCCCACUUUCUUCAAGAUGUACUGCGUCACGGCGAGCAGGAAGUUCAUGUUCUUUUUGGAUCCGAAGCGGAGGGGAAAAGUAAAAAUCCAAACCCUCCUCCUCUCCCCAAUCCUCACCGAACUCUUCGAGCUCCGCGACCCGGAACUCUCCGAGGAGUUCAAGCGCACCAACUGGUUCUCAGGUUUAUCCGCUUUACGUGUCUACGGCCAAUUCCUGAACCUCAACCCAACAAACGACCCCACCCGCCCCGAAUUCAAGGAUAAAGGACUGGAUAGGGUGCAGAUGAGCAAAUACAAGGGCGGGAGUCUGACGCCGGUUUUCUUGGAUCGGGUGUUUCAAGAGACGCCAUUAUUGAAAGGACGCAUGACAUACCCCCACUUCCUCGACUUUGCCCUAGCCACCGAGAACGCGCACACCCCCGAAAGUAUCGCGUACUGUUUCAAGUUCCUGGAUCUGCGGGGCGAGGGGUGGAUCGACGGGCCGGCGGUCAUGUAUUUCUUCAACGCGGUCGUGGAGCGGAUGAUGGCGGGCGGCCACGACCCGAUCGGGAUUCGGGAUGUCAAGAACGAGAUCUUUGAUAUGGUCAACCCAUCUGACCCGAGGCGGAUUACACUCGAUGAUCUACUGGCGUGCGGCGUCGGCGGGACCGUCGUCAAGAUGCUCAGUGAUAUCGAGGGAUUCUUGGCAUACGAGACGCGGGAGAACGUGGAUCCGGGGAUGCUUGCGCCCGCUUUGUGAUGGGGUUACCAUGCAUGGACAUUUGGGAGACUUCCGCGAGAGGUUGAUAUUAAGAGACCGGGCUGUUUUUUUGGAGUACGCGAUUUUGGAUGGGUUCGUGGGAAGAGGCGAGAGGGGGAAGGAAAGGGGGGGCGGGGGUUAUCAGAUCUCACACUGCAACGGACAACUUUUUUUUGUCAUAAUUUUUUUGG